AUGAAGUACAUGCUCUCUUUUGGCGCCCUCGUCGGCGCGGCCUCUGCCCAGGCCGGCGCUUGGUCUCAGUGCGGUGGCCAAGGCUGGUCCGGAGCGACGACCUGUGUCGACGGCUACACUUGUACCUUUUCGAACCAAUGGUACAGCCAGUGCCUUCCCGGCUCCAGCCCGCCUCCACCUGCGACCACUCUCAUCACAAAGACGACAUCGACGGUCAAGCCCACCGCCACCUCGACACCUCCACCAACCAGCAACGGCGGGUGGAAGUGGUUUGGAGUCAACGAGGCUGGAGCAGAGUUCGGCGAGAAGGUCUUGCCCGGUACCUGGGGCAAAGAAUUCACCUUCCCCGACCCGGCAGCCAUCACCACUCUCCGCGGCCAGGGUUACAACACAUUCCGUGUCCAACUCAAGAUGGAGCGCAUGACGCCCGGCUCCUUGACCAGCGCCUUCAACAGCGCCUACCUGCAGAAUUACACGCAGGUGAUUAACCACAUCACCCAGAGCGGAGGAUGGGCUGUCCUGGACCCCCACAACUACGGCCGCUUCAACGACGCCAUCAUCACCGACACCAAUGCUUUCCAGACGUGGUGGAAGAAUUUCGCGACCCAGUUUAAGAACAACGACAAGGUCAUCUUCGACACCAACAACGAAUAUAACACCAUGGACCAAACACUCGUGCUUAACCUUAACCAGGCCGCAAUCAAUGGUAUCCGUGCCGCCGGCGCCACGCAGUACAUCUUCGUCGAGGGCAACCAGUGGUCCGGCGCGUGGUCCUGGACGACAGUUAACGACAACAUGAAGGCGCUCACGGACCCCCUGAACAAGAUCAUCUACGAGAUGCAUCAGUACCUUGACUCAGACAGUUCCGGCACAUCGGCCACCUGCGUGUCGACAACCAUUGGCGUCGAGAGGGUUCAGGCCGCGACCAACUGGCUGCGCCAGAACGGCAAGGUUGGCGUCCUGGGCGAGUUCGCCGGUGGAGCAAACCCCCAGUGCCAGACCGCCGUCAAGGGCCUGCUCGACUACCUCAAGGCCAACUCGGACGUGUGGACCGGUGCGCUCUGGUGGUCGGCUGGGCCUUGGUGGGCAGACUAUAUCUACGGCUUCGAGCCUCCUUCCGGCACGGGAUACCAAUAUUACAACAGCUUGCUCAAGGGCUAUGUUGCGUGA